AUGGCCACAGCGAGCGCUGUACAAAGCCUCCGGGACGAGGCGAGCUGCUCCAUCUGCCUGGAGUUGUUCAUGGCCCCGGUGAUGAUUGUGGGCUGCGGGCACAAUUUCUGCCGAGCCUGCAUCGCCCAGUGCUGGGAGGGGGCCGAAAUGGACGUCACCUGCCCCCAGUGCAGACAGACCUUUGCCCAGAGGCUCCUGGGCCGAAACAGGCAGCUGGACAAUUUAGUAGAAGUGGUCAAGGGCCUGAGCGUGGGGUCAGUGGAGGGAGCCGGGGGCAAGAUGGUGUGCGAGCAGCACGGGGAGGCUCUGAAGCUCUUCUGCGAGACAGACCAGGUCCUGAUGUGCGUGAUCUGCCGGGAGUCCUGGGCGCACCGAGCUCACCCCGCGGCUCCCAUCCAGGAGGUUGCGCAGCAGUGCAAGAACGGGCGCGCGGGCCCGAAACAAAUUCAAACUCGGCUGCAGCUGCUAAGGGGGGAGAGGGAGAGGCUUGAAGCACUGCACACGAGUGAAAGCCAGAAACACCAGGAAUACCAGCAAAAGGCAGCAGCCGAGAGGCAGAAGGUUGUGUCUGCGUUUGAGCGACUGCACCGGUUUCUGGAGGAACAAGAGCGACUCGUGCUGGCCGAGCUGGGAGAGGUGGAGAGCAGGAUUGAGAAGAGUCAGGGGGAGACUGUCACCCAACUCUCCGAGGAGAUUUCCCAUCUCACCAACCUGAUCAGGGAGCUGGAGGGGAAGUGCCAGCAGGCCGCCAGUGACCUCCUGCAGGACAUGAGGAGCACGCUGAGCAGGUGCAGGAAGGAGCAGUUCCAGUUGCCAGAGGGGAUUUGCCCAGAGCUGGAAACAAGACUCAGCAUCUUGUCUGGACAAACGCUAACUCUACAGGAGACAUUGAAGAAGUUUCAAGAGACUCUGCCGUCCACCUUGGAGAAGGGCAAAAGGGUACCAAAGGCGACGGUGACUCUGGAUCCGGACGCGGCAAAUCCCUACCUCGUCCUGUCUGUGGAUCGGAGAAGUGUGAGAUGGACAAACAAACGGCAGCCUGUGCCCGACAAUCCUGAGAGAUUUGAUGUGGACUCAUGUGUGCUGGGCCGGGAGAGAUUCACCUCUGGGAGACACUGCUGGGAGGCAGAGGUGGGGCAGAGGGACUGGGCCCUGGGGGUCACCAGAGAGUCUGUGAGGAGGAAGGGAGGGAUCAGAUUUAGCCCCAAGGAGGGGAUCUGGGCAGUGCAGUGCUGGGGGGAUCAGGUCUGGGCUCUCACGGCCCCUGCUCCCACCCGCCUGUCCCUGCGCCGGGUGCCCAGGAGGGUGCGGGUCUGUCUGGACUGUGCGGGGGGGCAGGUGUCGUUUCUCGAUGCUGACACCGAGGCCCCGAUCUUCACCUUCCCGCCGGCCUCCUUCACUGGGGACAGAAUCCGGCCCUGGUUCUCGCUCUGGGCAACGGGGCCUGGGUCCGAGCUGAGACUGUGCCAUUGAGUAAUGGGGGAACGGCCGGGGACCGGACCCCCCACGCGGGGAAAUGGGCCACUCUGGCUUCCUAUUCUCUAUGACCCCGGAGGAGUCCCCUCUACCUGCCCCGUCCCCUCCUCUCUGCCCCGGGAGCUGCCCAAGUGAAAGAUGCCGUCUGCGCCGACAAGCCCGUCCCGUUGCACCAGACCAAUCUGUCCCGUCACUCGGUGGCCCUGGGGGAGUCGAGCACGGCCACCAGCACGGACCCUUGAGGACGUCGCCCCAGCGAUGACUCUGAAAUUCAUGCUAAGCUUGGGCCUGCUCACAAAAGUGAAAAUACAGAAUACGGAUGCUAACUGCAUGUUGCAAGAGGAUGCGAGGUUAUGGCUAGGCCAUCUGAGAAGAGAUAAUGAAGUAUCUCCUCAGCUCAUCUUGCUCUAUUUAGGAUGAUUUCAGGCAGACUCCUAGUGUCUGGUGUGUAACCAUAUGAGAUAUCUAUCCUUGAUUAAUUAGCAUGGUAAAUAUUUCUUUUGCGACUAACUCGUGUUUAUGUGCAGGAAGAGACAUUCGCCGUAUGUGAUAGAUGUCUCCUCCUGAUUCAGUGUGUUUUUCCUGGCUGUUAAUCAGUUUCUUGAUAUGUUUCAAACUGGAUCACCUCUUGUUACCAAAGAAGGUAACUCAUUCGAAUUAGAAACUUCUGAUGACCAGUGAUGAGCAGGUUUUUCCCGUCAAUUAUUGCUUGGGACUCUCUUGAUUUGCACAGCUAAAAGAUUGCUUUGAAGAUGCUAAACUAAGGGGAGAAAAAGGCAGUAAAACAGCAAACAGCGUACG